AUGUUAAAUAGUAAAAUUUAUUUAUCACCUAAUUCAACCAAAAACACAAACUCAUCAUAGAUUUUAUCUCCAAUUUAUAGAAGUUCAAGUAAGCAGAUCUCCAAAAUUAUAUAGGUUCUGGUAGUAGAGCACACAUUGAGGAGAUUAGAUUUAAGCAUUCAUAAAUACAAAUAAAUGAUUAAUAUUCCUUCAAAAAAGAAGUUUAUGAGGAAAAAUUAAAUUAGAUUGAUGAAAAGUUUUAGAAAGCUCAUAAAAAUGAUUUACAAAGAAUCACAUCAUUAUAAAAUUAGUUGAAUAGGAUAAGUGAGAUGUUAUCAAAUGAAUAAAAUGUUAGAAAUGUAUUUAAAUAAAAUUUAUUGAUAGAAUAAUAAUGAUAAUUUUAAGAAGAAAGAUUUGAAACAAUUAGAGACACAUGUUAAGAAUGAAUUAAUGAAGGACAAAAUAAGGAGAAUAGAUAAUUAAGCCAAAAUUACAAAUUAGAUUGAUGAAUAAUCCCAUUAUAUCAAAAUGCAAUUAUUAAGAUAAAGGUAAUACAGACAAGAAACUGAGGCACAGUACUCUUAAGAUCUUACAAAUAAGAUGCAUGAAUUAAGAGAGAAUGUUGAAAACGAAAGAAGAGAAAGGUAAGGAACUUAUAUAUUUAAAGAGAUGUGUAUUGCUAGAAUAUUAUAGGUAGAAUAGGAGAAUAAGUUCUCUCAGUUUAAGAAACAAUAAAUACGGAGAAAUAAUAGAGGUAAGAAUCUCAGAAUCAGAUGCAAAUGAUGAUUCAGGAAAUAACAAGCAUUUUAUCAUUGUAAUUAGCUGAAGAGAAAUACCAAAGGGAGGAAACAGAGAGAACAAUUAUUAGGUUAGUCAACGAGACAUGUAAUAGAGUAGAAAACUCAUUAAAAAAGUGA